AUGCAAUGGGCAUGGCGGCGCGCUCGUGAUCCUAGGUCGGCGCGGAGCGCGCGCCUGGUCUUAUAUAACGAAGAUAGCAGCGGCAUGGCCGCACGCGUGUCGGUCGAGGGCGCAGGGCCCUCGUACGCAUCAGUGCUGAACUUCAGGGGUAGUGACUGCAAUAAAGAAAACAUAGAGGCAACCGAGGAAGUGGCGGACGCUCCGCCGCGCCAAAAUGAUGAAGAAGAAGAGGGUUUCGUGCCGGUCAUCUCGCACACGAGGCGACCGGCCAAAACCCGCAAGGAGCGUGAGCGUAGGGCUCCGCCUCGCCCGCACAAAGCUCCUCAGCCCCACGCCGAUCCUCAACCUACCCAGGAUCAACAGCAGCAGACUGCUGAAGCACAGCCGAAGAAAUUCGUCGAAGCCCCCAUCCCUAAGGUCAAUCCUUGGCAGGUGCGGGGUGGAAGUACGGGUGCUCCGCCUCCAGCGCCCCCUGCUCUUGAAGAGAAAAGAGCUCCUCUUCAGCCACAGCAACAGGGCAGGGCGCAGAUACCACCUGAACCCGUCCCUCCGCCGCCAGCUCCGAAACCAGCGGCCGUAAAGGCCCGCGCCAAGAUGAAUCCGAAGGCGUCCGAUUUUACUGAUAUUGGCGACGAUUGGCCAACGCUCGGAGCAGCGGUCGCCGGCGCGAGGUGCCACUCCACGCCUCCCCCUCACGAAGAUUCAUCACAUCAAAAUGGCAAUGCGGACCAGGAGCGAAAACCUCCGGAAGAGCAACCGAUGAAGGUUGAAAAGAUAGAACCCACACAAAACCACCAAGGACACAACGAAAGACAUUUACAGCAUGACAGGAAUAAAUCUGCAGCUGGUAAAGGAGGGAAUAAGUCUGGCAAACACAAAUGGGUCCCUCUGGACAUUGAUGUAAAAGCCGCGAGGCCAUCCAAGCACGGAUCUCAGCAUCCUCCCAGGCAGGAUCACGAGACGGUCUCGCUGAACGGCGAGGAGUCCCGGGGUCGCGGCGCGGGCCGCGGCCGGGGCGCGGGGCGCGCGCGCGGCCCGCGCCGGCACCCCGCGCGCGCCGCCUCGCUCCACCCGCACCCCGCGCUCUACCGCCCCGAGCUGCACCACGACGUGCCGCAGCUGCGGGUUCAGCCGGCCAUGCCGCAGGUGGUGCUCCGGUACGGGAUCGGAGGCCUGCCGAUAACGCCGCUACCGCAGGGGUUUUACUACGGGGCUGCCGGUGGAGCGCCAUACGGGAUGGCGUUGGACCAGGCCACGCUAAAGGACUUGAUCAAGAAACAGAUCGAGUACUACUUCAGCGCGGACAACCUGGCGCGCGACUUCUUCCUGCGCCGCAAGAUGUCCCCGGACGGCACCAUCCCGGUCACGCUCAUCGCGUCCUUCCACCGCGUGCGCGGGCUCACCGCCGACGUGCAGCUCGUGCUCGACGCCAUCCGCGACUCCGACCGCCUGCAGCUCAUCAACGGCUUCAAGGUCCGAACAGCCUUCGAACCGACAAAGUGGCCGAUACUCGACCUAGCUAACAGCGAAGAGGUUGUAAAUAGGGGGAGACAAGAAGAGAAUCGUGCAGGCGACGGGCAACCGUCAGAGGAAAAAAAGGUAGAACAGGAUAAUGCAGACGUAGAGAAGGAAAAAACAGAAGAGAAUGUACAAAGUAUAGAAGCUGAACAGAGUGUAGAAAAAGUUAAGGAAGCGGCGGUCGAACCUGCUCACGAAACUGCACAACAACCACCCCAUAUUGAACCGGAAGAGACACAAAGUCAACCGACAACCACAGAAACGGUACAACCACUAGAAGUCGAAACAAAACCUGUGGAUCCGACACCUAAAGCCACUCAAGAGCCAUCGCAACCAGAAGAGAAAGCAGAGAGGCAAGAAAAUGUAGAAAAUGAUUUAAACAAAACAGAGAAGUCUGAAGAGACUAAUGCGCUGAAUGAAAAAAAUGACACUAACGAUGUCCCUCCUCUUCAGCCUGAGGUCGAAAAGCCUGGGGAAAAGCGUCGUAAGAAACAGAUGGUGGGCAUCUUUCCUUUAGCGACUAUGGGCGGGCCCCUGGUCGCCCCAGUAUCCAGUCUCCUGCGAGCGGUACCCCCUCCACCGUUGCCCAGAAUGUUCCGUACCGGUAGGGCGCCGCUCCUAGCUCACGACCACCUCAACCCCGACGUACCGGAGUUCGUUCCCCAGGCGAGACGCGCCGGUGAUGUCGUGGUCACUGCAAUGCACUGGGAGAGAUUUCAGGAGAUCAACAUGGCAACUUUCAAAAUUGUUAAAAAUAAAGUAAGGAACCGAACACAGAAAAAACAAACAGUCAAGACGAUCAAGCAAGCGCGGAGAAGGUCGAUCCUGAUGUUUGGACAGAGGAGAAAUAAUAAUAAUAAUAAUAAUAAUAAUAAUAAUAAUAAUAAUAAUAAUGUGAAACGUCGCGCAAAAGCGGGUUCCCGUGAGCGUCCCCCUCCCCCUCCAGAGGACGAGCCUCGUGAGGAGCUCCACUUCCAGCUGGACGAGGAGUUGGAUCUGCCCCCUCCCCGCCACAACACCUUCACUGACGCCUGGUCAGACGAAGAAUCAGAUCUCGAGUUAUCCGACCGUGACAUAGGCAGAUUAUUGAUCGUCACGCAGACAUCGGCCCGGCAACCGAAACACGACGGACACGACCGACAGGGCGAUUGGGCCACGAGGGUCAAGAUCACUCAGGAUUUAGAGCAGGUGAUCACGGAUGGUCUCAGACGUUACGAAGAGGAUCUGUGGAAUGAGUUUUCAUCUUCGCACGGCGCGUCGCAGUACCGCACCGUGUCGCUGAUCUCGCGCGAGCAGUUCGAGGCGGCCGCGCCCGCCGAGCGCCACCGCAACCCCAGCGAGCCGCCGCCGCCGCCGCCGCGCCCGGUACGACCCCCCCACUGCACAUGUAUCAGAGCCCCCCAGCACCGCACCAUAGAACAAACUCAAGACACAAGCGGGAAAAUAAAGCGACCGCGUCGCACCGCCCGCUUCUAUGCUGCCAGCAAGGAUCCCCACGCUACGGAUAUGAUAAGUAGCAGGAAGCACAAGACGCGGUACAGUCUCAACCCUCCCGUGGAGCACCAUGUAGGCUGGAUCAUGGACGUUCGCGAACACAAGAGGCAGCACCGCGACAGCACUGGCUCGUCGCUGGGCACGUCCCCAACGCUGGGGUCCUCGUGUGGCUCGGCGCCGCAGUCGCUGCCCACCUUCCACCACCCGAGCCACGGGCUCCUGCGCGAGAACCACUUCACACAGCAGGUCUACCACAAGUACCACUCGCGCUGCCUCAAAGAACGUAAGAAGCUAGGCAUCGGUCAGUCUCAAGAAAUGAACACUCUGUUCAGAUUCUGGUCGUUCUUCCUACGGGACCACUUCAACAGGACCAUGUACAACGAAUUUAGAACAUUAGCAAACGAAGACGCGGCAGCUGGUUUCCGCUAUGGUUUGGAGUGUCUCUUCCGGUUCUAUUCGUACGGUCUCGAGCGCAAGUUCAGACCGGAACUUUACCAGGAUUUCCAGAUGGAAACGUUGGCUGAUUACGAAAAAGGUCAGCUAUACGGCCUAGAGAAGUUCUGGGCCUUCCUGAAGUACUACAAGCACGCUUCGGCUCUUCAAGUAGAUCCCAAGCUCCAGGCUCACCUCGAGAAAUUUAAGAGCAUCGAGGACUUUCGCGUGCUUGAGCCGCAGCUGAACGAGCUGCUGGCGGGCGGUGGUGGCGCCGGGCGCGCCUGCGACCGCCACCGCUCCGUGUCCGAGUCCGAGCGAGAGCGGGCGGCGCCGCGCCGGCCCGACGGUCGCCCGUCGGGUGGAUCCAGCCAAGCCAUCAAUAGCAGAGGUCGAGCCGGUUCCUGUGGAGCGCAGAGUGUCGUCGCCAACGCUAAGCCUCGCCCGAAACCAAAAUCGAAGCCAGAAUCCGCACCGAACGAAUUGAAAGCGCCAGCGGUCGCUAAAACACAAUAAAACAUCUCGCAACGAAACAUCCAUACACUGUACAUAAAUAUAAACCUGGUGUGCAUGUGUUACUUAUACUAGACUAUUAAAGUGCAUUUUUUAUAUAUAUAAAUAUAUAAAUUAAAUUAAAAAAAAAAAACACUAAAAAAUAAAUAAAAGUGAGUGAAGUGUUGUGCGAUCGCGGUGUUUUAGUGUUAGUUUUGUAACCAGUUUUGUCUGGUUCAGAUGGGAUCGAGCCAGUUCUAUCUGGUUGUAUCCGGUUUUAACCGGUUGUUGACCGGUCUCGGUGUGCGGUUACUGGGAUUGCAGGCUGGUUAUAUGUGGAAACCUAGCUUGCACGUAUCGACAAUAAGGUAUCUGCUACGCGGUUAGACGCCACUAUCGUAAUAGUAUAAGGAUUAUCAUACAGACAUACAAUUCAUAUUUCUAUUUAUAUAUAUUUUUGACAUGAAUAGUUACAAAGACGGACAUCUAGAAAUGCAUAAUAGUGACGCUCGUAGCUAGCCUAUGAAGUAAUAUGAAGAAGAAAAAAAAACAUUUAUAUCGAUAAGUUAACUUAGCGCUUGUGGUAGGUUUUAAGAUUUUAAUAGUUAACCGAUGUUUUCUUUGACUUGAACGAUUGGUAUAAAAUUUUUUUCCUUUUUGAUGUCCGGUUCUUAUAUUGAACAUACGAGUCUGUUAACCCACAGACGUAUUGUUCGUUUUAUUUAGUAGCCGUAAAGGCCUGUUUCACCGCGUGUGGAUAAAGAUUAUCUUGCACGUAAGUUACGAAUACACUUUAACAGCAGGAGGUUGAACAGGCCGCGUUCUUAAACUUCAAAAUAUCCCGUAAAUAUAGUGGUAUUCGAUGGUGAAAGAGAAUAAUAUAUCAUACACUGUUAUCUGUCGGAUACCGUUAUCCGUCUAAUAGCGUUAACGGUGACCGGUGGAGCGGGCUCUUGAGUCUCUAUCGAUAAUUUUGUUUUUAAUUUUUCUCGAUAGGUGCUGCAAACGCAGACAUUUAGUGGCAUAAUGUACAGUUGUUGAUAUUCUUUCACUUAGUAUUGAUAUUAAAAAAACAAAAAAAAAAACGGCUAAACGCCGCAAGACUGAAAAAAAUAAAAAAUGU